AUGUUGGAGGAUGGUUGGGAAACCAAGGGAGGAAUGGCGGAGUUGUGGGUGGGAGAACCAGUGUUCUCUGUGUUUUCUCCGUCGACGUCCAUUUUAGGGAUUGAAGUUUUUGGGUUUGGGAAAAAUGAAAGCGGGUCAGUGUUGUUUUGGUUUGUUGAAGUUACAGGAUCUAUCUAUUUGUUCGGCUGGUUACCCAUUUUCCAAUUUCUGCUUCCAGUAAAGAUUUUGGGUGUACUACUACUUCUUGGAAUGGAACUUUUCUCGCUAACCUUUUUUGAAAUUAUAACAGGCGGCGAAGUAUAUAGGAAAAUAUAUGAUGAGAAAUAUGCCCAUUACGAAGUUCGAGGAAUAUUGCUGUACUUAUACAAAAGUAUUGCGGAGUUUAAUGAUUCACAGCUCCAAGCUGCUUCGGCGUAUGAUGCCAUGUUGGAUGCAGCCAAGCAUGGAAUUGUUGAGUUCAUAAAUGUUAUGAGGAAGGCUAAUCCUGACCUCUUAUGGGCCAUGGAUAGCAGUAAGAGAGGCAUAAUUUCGUAUGCAAUUCUGAAUCGCAAGGAAAAUGUGUUCCGUCUCAUACUUGGUCUCAAUGGACAGAAGCAGAUACAUAAAUAUUGCACAGACGUGUUUGGCAAUAACCUGUUGCACCUGGCAGGACAUUUAGGACCUUCCUCUGUACUUGAUAGAAGUGUCGGUGCUACUCUGCAAAUGCAAAGAGAGAUUCAAUGGUUUGAGGCGGUUAAGGAAGUUGUGAAUCCCAAGUAUAAGGAAGGCAGAAAUGACGAUGGUAAGAAGGCACAUGAGGUAUUCACUGAAAAUCACAAGGAGUUGAUGAAAGAUGGAGAGAAAUGGGCGAAAGAGACGGCUGGUUCUUUUAUGCUUGUGGGUAUUCUCAUCACUACUAUCGUGUUCGCUGCGGCCUUCACUAUCCCGGGUGGAAGCAAUCCUGAUAAUGGAAUGCCAAUCUAUUUGCAUAACAAUAUAUUUGCUUUGUUUUUCAUAUCAAAUGCAAUAUCUUUCUUCACUGCUGUCACUUCUGUCUUGAUGUUCAUCGCGAUCUUCACAUCUCGUUACGCUGAAAAAGACUUCCUCUCGGAGGUGCCUGGGAAUUUACUGCGGGGCUUAAUAUUCCUUUCCGUGUCUCUCCUGUCAGCGAUAGUUGCCUUUUCUGCUGUGUUUGUUUUAACCCUUCAGGGAAAUCCGUCCUAUCAGUCUUACAUGACAGUGACCCUCGAUGUGUUUACAGCUUAUCCAGUUUUCGGACUCAUGCAGUCACAGCUGCGCAUCAUGCGUCAGAUUUUCCGAUCUAUGAGAUCAAAUUGA